AUUUUAUUUCCUACAUCCUUUGCGAUCGGAGCUCGAGGGCGUAGAGGAUGUUGGCGAACAGAGCGUUUAGUCUUGUUGGAAAACGAGCAUUGGCAACGUCAUUGUGCGUGCGGGGUGCGCAUGGCGUUGCCAAGGUUGAGGACUACUCACUCCCAGCCUAUUUUGACCGACGGGAGAUUCCACUUCCUGAGGUCAAAUAUGUCACGGACCUGAGUGCAGCACAGAAGUCCCUUAAAGAGAAGGAGAAGGGCUCCUGGACUGCAUUGUCCAAUGAAGAGAAAGUUGCACUGUACCGCAUCAGCUUCAAGGACAGCUUUGCUGAAAUGAACAAAGGUACAGGGGAGUGGAAGUCUGUGUUUGGUGGAUUACUGUUCUUUAUUGGCAUCACGGGCCUUGUUGUGCUGUGGCAGAGGAAAUACGUUUAUGGAGAUGUUCCUCACACCUUUGACCCUGAAUAUAAGCAACAAGAGCUUCAGAGAAUGCUGGACAUGAGAAUCAACCCUGUAGAGGGGUUUUCAGCCAAAUGGGACUAUGAGAACAAAACCUGGAAGAAGUAAAUUCACAUUUAUGUUAGUCACUGGACCACAUAACACAACUCCUCUAAUCGCAAAAGCGCAUAAUUGGUAAAAUGUGUUUUUGACUUGUCCUUGAUACCUCAGUGAAUACGUUUUGGAAGACCACUUCCUCUUAAGGUUAUUGUGUAUCAUAAAGAAAAUAAAGGCCUGAAAUCUG